GAAGCUGAUGGGUCGCUUUUUAAUCAGUGCUUCAAUCGCUUUACUAAAAAUUCCAGCCUCGAGAUACAAGCUGAGUGAGAGACCAAACCAAACCCACAAAAUUUUUGUAUUUAUUUUAUUUAUAAAAUAAAUUUAAAAAGAACUUUCAGGUCUUUAUGUUCGAUCUAAUGUUUGGCUUUCCAUAUUUAAUUUAAUCCCAGAAAAAAAAAAAAAAAAAAAAAAAAACACAUUCACUCACCCAUUCUUCUUUUCAGCUCAAAAUGAUCAAAUCUCAUCUCAGAUUUGCACACAUUAUGGAUUUUCUCAGCUCAGCUUCACAUUUUCCUAACUUAUGAAUGAUGGAAGAGGAGUUUUGGGGAUGAGGAUUAGUGUGAUUUGCGCGAUUGUGAUUAGGUACGUGAUUUUGCUGGUGAAAAAGUAGAGAACACAGAAUGUUUUCUGAGAGACUGACUGGAGAACAAUCACUUGGUCAAGAUUUCGAGGCUUUGAGUGUGUCGAAACGUCUCGUCAGAAGUGUGAGCCAGAAGUUGAAGAAGAAGUACAAAGGUGGCAGGGGAGAGGAAGUGGAUGAUACACGAGGGGUUUCUCUGAGGUGUCUUACUUUGUAUGGUAGAGGCGGAGGUUGCAAAGUGGGUGCUGAUACUAGUGAUGAAUUUGGGGAUACAAGUAGUAGAAGGAGGUCGAGUUCCAGCGAAGAAGGCAAAGGGUACAAAAUGAUUUGCGGCACUGAAGAAACUGCAGUGGAUUGCUUCUCACACGGGGUGAAGGAAAGGUUUUGGAGGAAAAAUAAUAGGAAGGAUUUUGAGCUUGAAGAAUCAGUAAGAAACAGUAGAAUGCACAUAUUUCUUCCGGAUGACAUUCUGGAAAUGUGCUUGGUGAAACUCCCGAUGACUAGUCUUAUGACCGCCCGGCUUGUCUGCAAGAAAUGGCUACACUUGACUACCACUCAUCGGUUUCUACAGAUGAGAUGGGAUGGUCCACAUCAGAAACCAUGGGCGUUUCUGUUUGGUGUUGUUAAAGGUGGCUUUUGUUCUGGUGAGAUACAUGCAUUAGAUGUUUCUCAAGGCCAAUGGCAUAGGAUAAAUGCUGAUAUUCUCAAAGGAAGGUUCAUGUUCUCUAUUGCCAGUAUCCAGGAUGAUAUAUAUGUUGUUGGAGGUUGUUCUAGCUUGACCAGCUUCGGGAGGGUGGAUAGGAGCUCAUAUAAGACGCACAAAGGGGUGUUAGUGUUUAGUCCAUUGACUAAAUCUUGGCGUAAAGUCUCAUCUAUGAAGCAUGCAAGGUCGAUGCCUAUUUUAGGGGUUUCUGAGGUCAGUUCAGAUUUUACAUUGAAUCAAAAUCGUCUAGAUAGACGCUUUUACAGAUCUCGGGUUGGUGGGGUGUCGGAUGUUUAUGAGGAUCCUCACAGGCUUUCACUAAGACGACAAUACAGAAACGCAUUUGAUGAAAAUGAGGCUUCAUUGUUGCCCAAUAGAAAGUCGUACAAAUUUACGAGACAAAAAAGUGAUCAGUCAAGCGCAAAAGGCUGUAGAAGGUUUGUGCUGAUUUCUGUAGGAGGUCUUGGAUCUUGGGACGAGCCUUUGGAUUCUGGAGAAAUCUAUGACUCAGCGUCAAAUAAAUGGACAGAAAUCCAGAAGAUGCCUGUAGAUUUUGGAAUUGUUUGUUCUGGUGUUGUUUGUAAUGGAAUGUUUUAUGUAUAUUCUGAGACCGACAGACUUGCAGGAUAUGACAUAGAAAGGGGAUACUGGAUUGGAAUCCAAACGACCCCAUUCCCAUCCCGUGUUCAUGAGUAUCACCCGAAACUUGUAUGUUGUAAUGGCCGGCUGUUCAUGCUUUCUGUCUCCUGGUGUGAAGGAGAUGGUCAAAUAGGCCGGAGAAACAAGGCUGUUAGAAAGCUGUGGGAGCUAGAUCUCAUGUAUCUUACGUGGUCUGAGGCUUCUGUACAUCCUGAUGCUCCAAUGGACUGGAAUGCCGCAUUUGUUGGUGAUAGAAACCUGAUAUUUGGGGUUGAAAUGUUCAAAAUAUUUGGUCAGAUACUGGAUUUCUUGACUGUCUGUGAUGUAUCUGAUCUGGGGGCUAGCUGGAGGCAUAUUUCUAGGAAUCAUGUAACUCAUGAACUGGAUGCUUCUUCGUGCAUGACUAAAACACUGGCAGUGCUACAUCUGUGAAGUACAUUGCAGACCGACUCUCAUGCAGAAAAUCAAAUACAUUCAUUUCUCCCUCAUCAUUUGGAGCAGAUUUUCGCAACUGGCAAAAUUCUGUUCUCUAUUAGUUGGACAAAAAAACAAAUUGUAUCCUGGCGACUACCUCUGAUUUCGGUUCUUAUUCCCAGUGCUAUUAAAGGUAAGGUUGGUUCAUGUAUCUUUUGAUGUAAUUUAUUCACCACCAUUCAUAAAAUUGAUUCUGUACUACUUUCACAUAUUUUGCACCAAUAUCCUCUUUCUUGUUUAAACGUCCAAUUUGUGGCUUUUGUUAUUAGCUUGAGUUGUAACCCAUCACACCCGUUCCUCAUGUGGGUUCUUUUGAGCCGAUAUUGAAUAAGGAACAUAGUUGCAUAAAUUUUGGAA